AUGGUGCCUUUGUUCGAGGACGACGAGGAGGAUGCAGACGAAACGUCAAGGCUGCAGUCAGGUGCAGAGCCGGGACUGUUAGGGAACCUUGGCGAUUUGGACGGCUUGGACACCCUGCGGAUGCCAAAACUGCCAGAAGAGGACACAGCCUGGGAUGAGCAGCGAAAAGAAGCCUUGAAGGCAAGGAAGUUUAUCACUGGUGGCUGGAGUUCUGCGGAGGAGGAUGAUGAAGCAGAGGAGAAGGCACCUGAAACAAAGGUUGAAGGGGCCGAAGGGGCAGAAGCACAAGGGGAGGAGAAGAAGGAAGCAGAGCAGGGGGAGACUGCACUUCCAGAUGUGUUUUCCGACAGCUUCCCCAUUGGAGCCUUCGUUCGAAUACGACUCGAGGACGUACCAGCUGCUUGCGUUGCGGAGCUGCGGCGCGAGAAGCCGGUGAUCCUUGGCGGCUUGCUAUCCGGUGAGUCACGUAUGGGUCUGGUUCAGACUCGGGUCAAGAGGCACCGCUGGCAUCCAAAGCUGCUGAAGAGCUCUGAUGCCUUGUUACUCUCUGUGGGAUGGCGCCGCUUUCAGACCUUGCCUGUGUAUUCCAUAGAAGACAGAGGUGAGAAGCGCAUGCGCUACCUGAAGUACACCCUGGAACACGCGCAUUGCACAAUGACAAGCUACGGCCCCAUGGUGCCGCCGAACACUGGCGUGCUAGCCUUCAGGAGCUGGGAAAAGGUGGGCCAUUUUCGAGUCUGCGCCACGGGGGUGGUGCUGGAGGCGGCGCCGAACUUCGACGUGAAGAAGAAGUUGAAGCUUGUCGGAGAGCCUUACAAGAUCUUCCGAAACACCGCCUUCAUCAAGAACAUGUUCAGUUCGGAUCUGGAGGUCAACAAGUACAUGCACGCAAAGAUCCAGACGGUCAGCGGGAUCCGCGGAGAAAUCAAAAAGGCCGAAGGAGUCAAAGGUCAGUUCAGGGCAUCCUUCGAGGACGAUCGGAUUCUGAUGUCUGACCUUGUGGUGUGCAAGUGUUGGAUCACUGUACCUUUCAAGCAGUUUUAUCAUCCGGUUAUGGAUGUGCCAAAUUGGCGUCCCGCGCGGUUGAUCGGAGAGCUGCGAGCUUCAGAAGGAAUCCCAGUCCCUGACAACAAGGACAGUCGCUAUGGCAAGCAGUUCGUGAGACCAGAGCGGAAGUUCAACAAAGUCAAAGUACCGAAGAGUCUGGAGGCAUCCUUGCCGUUCAGCGCCAAGAAGAAGUUCACCCCGAAGAAGAAGAAGACCGAGCUCUCCCAGAAAGCGGCAAUUGUCUCCAGUGGACGAGAAAAAGAAGUGAACAAUCUUCUCCUGAGGCUGCACACCAUCAGAAAAGAAAAGUCACGAGUGCGCGCGGAAGCGAGCGAGCGCAAGAAGAAGGUCAAAGAAGUUCGCGAUCGCUUCAUCCAGGAGAAGCGUGAGGCUCACAGGAAGGAAGCGAAAAAGAAGCGGUACAUCAGCGAGGGACAGAAAGAGACGAAGAAGAGGAAAGCGAUGAUGAUGGACUGA